GGCAAUUGAGGUCAAGGUGCUAAGAAUAGUUAUGGUAUCAUCGUUGUAGUAAUAAAUGAGGCUACUUGAGGAAAGAAACACAGAUUAACUAGUCACUCACAACCUAGACUUGAAGCAAGAAUCAGACAAACCUAAAGCAAGAUGGAAGAGGAGAAAAUGGAGCUUAAGGAGGUAGAUAGAAGCUCUCAGGAAAGGGCCAAAAAAGCAGCCAAACCACCCAGCAUGUUUGAGAGAAUGAUCCAGCCAUGUAUUGCAGAGCUGGUGGGAACCAUGUUUUUCGUCUUCAUCGGCUGUGUGUCAGUGAUUGAGAAUGUGGAAGCAGCAGGGAGGCUGCAGCCAGCGCUGGUGCAUGGUCUGGCAGUAGCUGUGUUGGUGGCAUGUAUGGCAGAGAUCAGUGGAUCUCAUUUUAACCCUCCUUUCACCAUCGGCAUCUUCCUGUGUGGAGGAAUACAGAUGUCCCUGGCUGUCCUGUACCUUGUCUGUCAGCUCAUUGGAGGCGUGCUUGGUGCUGCUAUGUCAAAGGUAAUGACCUCAAAAGAAAACUACAUGAAUGCCACUGGGGCGGCCUUUACCAUUCUAAAAUCAGACGACCAACUGGGAGCAGCCAUCUUUGCUGAGAUGGCCAUGACGUGCCUGGUGACCAUGGUAGUGCUGCUGGGGGCAGUCAAUGGGAAAAGUAAGAGCCCUCUCGUGCCUUUCAUGGUGGGCUGCACUGUGAUCAUCAAUAUCCUGGCAGGUGGGGACGUGUCCGGCACCUGCCUGAAUCCAGCAAGAGCUUUGGGACCUGCACUGAUGGCUGGUUACUGGACAUAUCAUUGGGUGUACUGGGUGGGCCCGAUUGGAGGGGGCUUAAUAGCCGCAGCUCUUGUAAGGCUUCUGCUUGGAGAUGAGAAGAUCCGUGUCAUAAUGAAAUGAUAUACACCAGCAAGAUUACUCAUUGCUUUGCUAGUGUAACACAGAUGACCUCUUGUGAAAAAUAAUUUUUCUAUCUUGCAGUAGAUCUACCGGUAGAUGUCAGUAAGAUACAGAGUCAGUGAAAUACUCACACAAACGCCUGAUUUUCCCUUUAUUACAUACACGUACAGGCCGUCUUCGAACACAAGCAAGCAUGCAAGUAAAUAAAUAAAUAAAUAAAUAAAUAAUUCCUCUUAACUUUUCCAGCAGAAACAAAGUAACAUUAAAGUUUUUUUUAUCCCUUAAUCUUUGCUCAGACCUGCGCUUUUCCCGCUGUUCUGAAAAACACUUAGCAGUGCGUGCUGAAAGCUCGACUAGUGCCUUUCUCAACAUUUCUCUGCCUUUCUAAGCGUGUCAGCUUUUGAUGAACAAUCUACUGUCACAGAAUCACUGAGACAAAACUUGAGCGCAUAAUUACGGCUGGCAGGCUGGGAAGAAUCUCUACAUCUGUUUUAUUGCAGGGGUCUACAAAUGAUGGUGAUAUACAGCACCAGCCAACACAUUUACAAAAGGGUUUUUUCUGGGUUUUGCAUUUUUUCCACGUUAUGUUAUGCAAUGUUAUUAUUAUAUAAUUAAUAAUUGUAUAAUCAUACAAUCUUUUAUAUAAAUCUUUUUAAAGCUCCUCCGUGCCUUGAUGCAGUUUGUACUCCUGCAGCGUCAUAUACUUUUCCAAUAAAGGAAAUAAUAGGAGGGAAUAAAGGAAUAAAGGAGGGAAUAUUUUAAAA